AUGUCAUCUCCACCAACAAACAAGAGGCGUCCACCUCCUCUCACACAACCACGAUCAUCUAGCGAUUCAUCUACAGCAUCAUCAGCUUCCUCACUCAAGGUCCCUAGAACACCUCGAUUCGUCGAAGCGACCGGUGUACAUUCUCCGGUAGAAGAUAGGAGAUCACCAUUUGCAGACCCUCCAAAAACAGCAGACUCCAACGCUUCAAAAACACAGGCAUACAUGGCACAAUCACAACCAUCCGAUAUUGGCUUCGGCUACAUAUCGGAAACCCAAAGACAAUCUCAAGGCCACCCGGUUGAGAUGCCACUUACUCCAUCAUCGCCACUAAAGAGUGCUAUGAGGGUGCCCGGUACACCAGGAAGAAUGAUGAACCCACUGAGUCCGACAUUUCGAGAAGAGCAAGUCUUGGAAAAGCAUGAGGAAGUGACGGAAAUAGAGCAAGCUAAGGAUGUGAAAGUCAAGACUAGAGUCAGGGUAGCCAAAUUACUAUUGAGAUGUGUAAAUUUCAGUUGCAGUCUAAUCGUUCUCGCCAUGAUUGCAACAACUUUUAGCAUCUUCAACGCAACUAAAUCAUUACCCUCUCGAAAUAAUCUUCCUGCCUGGGCCGAUGGUACCAAAACUUGGCCUCAAAAGGUCGUCCUUUCUGUAUCUUGUGUAUCACUCGCACUUUGUUUAGUCGUCUUUUGGAAUUAUUUCAGAGGAGGACACAAGCGAGCUGAGAAGGUUGCAGUUUAUUAUACUCUCUUCGCAGUCGCGUAUUUUAUCUUCAGCACGGUUAUGUGGGCAUUAGCAGCUGGUAUUCUUCAAGGUGCAAGAAAUCAGGGUAGCAACAAGGAUAUUUGGGGCUGGUCAUGUGUCGACAAUAAAAGACAUGAAUUAUUCGAAGAAAAAGUAAACUAUGCCCUAGUUUGUCGAAUGCAGUCCUGGUCCCUCGUCUGCUGUAUAAUCGAAGUCGUCCUCGAAACCCUCACAAUCGCCAUCUACGGCGUCGUCUUCUACCGCUAUUACUCCAAACAACGUCUUCGCAAAUCGAUGGCCAUUCGUGACCGCGCCCGUUCCGAUUUAUACUUGGCCCAACUCCGCUCCCAAUCUGCACCUAACACUCCUGGUUUUGGUCCUUUGAGUCCUUCAUACUCUCAGUAUGCAAAAUCUCCAAGGUUUCCGCCAAGUGCUUAUCAGAGUGGUCCAGAUGCGGAGGAGGGUAAUGGAAUUGGGACGAGAUUCGUGGAGACGAAGAGUGGAGUGAGUAGUCAGGUGAAACCAUUCACUUUACAAGCGCCUCCUAUCAGGGUACAAAGUGCGACGCCGAAAAUGACGCAAGGGGGUUUUGAAGCUCAAGCUCCUCCGCCACAGCAAAAACAACAACGACGAGUAGUCGAGCAUGUGGAUGCGGCUCCGGGUGAACAGACUUAUGCAAGCGUUCCAAUUCCGGGUGCGUACGCUAGUCCCCUGACGAGUCCUGGGGCCGUGCCGCCAGGAUUUCAAAGUAUGGGGAGAUAG